AUGCCCUUCCCCGACUUCCACGCUAAGGCUUCCGGGGGUGCUGGGAGCCUGGGGUCCAAGGAGCAGCAGGUCCUGAUUCUUUCUCCCCCUCCUGCCCCGCCCGCAGGCACCUACCAGGGCCAGUGGCAGGCCGGGAAGCGCCACGGCUACGGGGUAGGGCAGUACAAGCGCAACAGGCUGGUGCACGGGGGGCGCGUGCGCAGCCUUCUGCCUCUGGCCCUUCGGCGGGGCAAAGUCAAGGAGAAGGUGGACCGGGCCGUCGAGGGCGCCCGUCGAGCAGUGAGUGCUGCCCGCCAGCGCCAGGAGAUUGCCGCUGCCAGGGCAGCAGACGCCCUUCUCAAGGCAGUAGCAGCCAGCAGCGUUGCUGAGAAGGCUGUGGAGGCUGCUCGAAUGGCCAAACUGAUAGCCCAGGACCUGCAACCCAUGUUAGAGGCCCCAGGCCGCAGACCCAGGCAGGACUCAGAAGGUUCCGACACAGAGCCCUUGGAUGAGGACAGCCCUGGGGUGUACGAGAAUGGACUGACCCCCUCAGAGGGCUCCCCUGAACUGCCCAGCAGUCCUGCCUCCUGCCGCCAACCCUGGCGACCCCCAGCCUGCCGGAACCCACUGCCUCCUGGAGGGGACCGGGGUCCCUUCUCCAGCCCUAAAACUUGGCCUGAGGAGUGGGGGGGCCCGGGUGAGCGGGCAGAGGAACUAGCUGGCUAUGAGGCCGAGGAUGAGGCUGGGAUCCAGGGCCCAGGACCCCGAGACAGUUCCCCACUCCUUGGACGCUGCAGUGACAGUUCCGGAAGUCUUCGCGAGGAGGAGGGGGAAGAUGAAGAGCCCCUGCCCCUCAUAAGGACGCUAGGGGCCUCGGAGCCUGACCCCUUGGCCACACCAGUCCUGAGGGGCUCCUCGUCAAGGGGUCCUGAAGCUGGGUGCCUGAUGGAAGAGCGUGAGGAGCCAGCUGCCACCGAGAGGCCAGCCCAGCCGGGAGCUGCCAAUCCCCUGGUGGUGGGAGCCGUGGCCCUCCUGGACCUCAGCCUGGCGUUCCUGUUCUCCCAGCUCCUCACCUAAGGCUCCUGCCUGGCCUAAUUCUGGCUUCGGUUGCUGCCUCUUCACUCCUUUGAUCUGCCUUUUUCUUUUUUCUUUUCCUCCUCCUGCUUGUGUUUUCUCCUGUCUUUUUUUUUUUUCUCUUCUCCCUUUCCUUUUCUGUUUCCCUUUGUUUUUGUCUCUUGCUUUUUCUUUCCUGCUCUCCUUUCAGAUUCUCUCAUUUAUUCUGGAUCUGUCUCUGUCUUCCUCGCUCCCUUUCCCACCCCAACUCUUUCUUUCUCUAGAUUGUUUACAUAUGAAGGGCUUUUCUUGCUCAGAGUCGCUCUCUUCUCUGAGACACACAAAUCUAAGUCAGACCAUUGCCCCACACCCUGCCCAUCUUUUCUUUAGACCUGAACUUGGAUGAGGGUGGGGUUUUGGUGUCCUGAGGAGUCUCCUGGAAGGUGAGUGGAAAGGAGGAAGAAAAGGGAGGAGUGACUAUACUGGUCAAGGCACUGGUCGAGCUCUGUGGCUCCCUAACCCAGGGCCCUGUUGCCCCUCUGAGGCCUAGUGAAAAAGCUGGAGGAGGUACAGUCACCAUCUCUGACUUUGGAGGAUCCUAUCUCCCCUCCAAGCACUGAGAUAGGUUCUUCCCUAAUCCCAUCCUUCCCUGAAAAAGAGAUAUGAAGGGAAAUGAAGAGGGAAGACUCUUAGCAUCUCCCACUUUCUUUCCUCAACUGCCAGCCCCUCAUCCAACCCCCUAGGGUGGCAUGCCACGUCAAGAGCAAUGUGUAAAGGAAAGAAAGAGCCCAAUGCAGCCAAGUCCACCCACUGACCUCUCCCACCCUUCUCUCUCCCCUAAGAAUUUAUUUGGUUGGUCUGGACUCACUUGUGGCCUUUGAUUAAAUUUCUAAGGGGCCUGAAGAAGACAUUCCUACUGCAGAGGGUUAGAGGCACUUGAACGAGGACACCACUCCCCAGCUCUGGCGGUUGUGUUGGGGGAGGCAGUUUUGGGGAAUGGAACCCGACCAGUUAGUUGACAGGAACUCACAGGGCAGCAAAAGUUGUGACAAGGUUCAUCUCUAAGUCGGUUAUAUCUCUUCCCGCAUCAGAUCAGAAUCUUGUGAAAUGGGUAAACAGAAAAAGGGGAUCACUGGAAGCCAAUGUAUCAUACACUUUCCAGGCAGGGCAGAGGUGGGUGGAGAGCCCUGUUUGAGGUGGUGGCUGAUCCCUGGUACUAACUUUUCCCCUGGGGGCAGGAAGCCCUAGGAAGAGGGGACUGUAAGGUCCCCAGGGGAUCUUUCCUCCCUCCCCUGCAUGAGGCAGAGGCAAGCUGCCUGCCAAACCCCUCCCUCAAGGAAUGGCCUUGCCUGGGAAUGCCCACCAUACACACACACACACACACACACAUACACACACACACACACACCCUCUUCUUUUUUUCUAGUCAAACUCUGUUUACUCCUUGGCCUGCCACCUUCCUUCCUCCCCUCUCAGCCUUUACUUCUGAUUUCUAUUUCAUGGAAUUUGGGAUUGAAGUUAAACUACAACAGUGCCGCCAACACCAAGUCUUGCAGGAAAAAAAAAA